CCUUAUUCUCUCUUCACGCCAAUUUUUUGUGGACGCAGUCGCCGGAGCUUUGCUUCUAAAUCUUCUCUCUCGAUCUGCGCCUUAUUUCAACCCCAGCCUUCUCAAUCUGCAGCCUCGCUCGCGUAUUCUCUGUUGUUUCCGAUUUUUUUGAAAAAUUUUAGCUGAAAAUCGAGUCUCAUUGUAGUUUGAUAGUUGCUGGUGAGUAAUAGAGUUGUAAUUUGGAUUUCGGAUGCGUGUUUUUGUAAGCUGAGUUGUUUGAUGAAGGUAGGGUUUGUGGAGCGGAGUUGACUUGCAGCUUUUGCUUGGGGAAUUUGUAUGCGAUAGUUGGAUUUGCGAAGCCCGAGCUCGAGGCUCGGGGAAUUGGAAGCAUGACUUUGGAGAAUGAAGCGAAGGCUCCUUUGAAUGUGGAGGCGAGGUUUGAUGACGUUAGCGGCGGCGGCGGUGGCAAGUUUCAGAAAUUCAUGCUCUAUGAAACUCGCUCGAACUUCUAUAUGUUUGGAUUUGAGAGAAGGAAAAAGUACUGGAAAGUCUUGAAGAUAAGCAGAUCAGAUCAAACCGAGCUUACUGUUGUUGAAGAUUCGACACUGUACUCUCAGGAUGAACAAUCCGAGCUUCUGCAAAGAAUUGCUGAUGGAAACAAGUCUACGGGCGGGCUAAAAUUUGUCACCACAUGCUAUGGAAUUGUUGGAUUCAUAAAAUUUUUGGGACCUUAUUACAUGAUCAUUAUCACUAAAAGAAAGAAGAUUGGCACAAUUUGUGGUCAUGCAGUAUAUUCCGUUGCCAAGAGCGAGAUGAUCCCAGUACCUUAUUGUUCUGCCAACUCAAAUAUGGCUUAUUCUAAAAGCGAGAACAGAUACAAGAAGCUCUUACGCAAUGUGGAUCUCACCAAGGACUUCUUUUUUAGCUACUCCUACCAUGUUAUGCUUAGUCUUCAAAGGAAUCUAAGCAAGCAUGAAACAGGAUUAUCCCUCUAUGAGACAAUGUUCGUCUGGAAUGAAUUCUUAACUCGUGGUAUUCGAAAUCAGCUGAGGAAUUCUGUUUGGACAGUAGCAUUGGUUUAUGGAUUCUUUAAACAGGUUAAGCUCUCAGUAUCUGGCCACGAUUUCAGUUUAAUUCUUAUUGCUAGACGAUCGCGUCACUAUGCUGGCACCAGAUACUUAAAACGUGGGGUUAAUGAAAAGGGUCGUGUAGCAAAUGAUGUUGAGACCGAACAAAUAGUGCUUGAGGAUGUGGUUGGAAGACCAAGACAAAUAUCUUCUGUUGUGCAAAAUCGGGGUUCAAUACCACUCUUUUGGUCACAAGAAACUUCUAGAUUGAAUAUUAAACCAGACAUCAUAUUAUCGAAGAAGGAUGAUGCAUAUCAAGCCACUAAGCUUCAUUUUGAGAAUCUAGCUAAGAGAUAUGGCAAUCCUAUCAUUAUUCUAAACUUGAUUAAGACUCGUGAGAAGAAGCCACGGGAGUCUAUUCUGCGUGCAGAGUUUGCUCAUGCUAUCGAAGUCAUCAAUAAAGAUCUCGCGCAUGAAAAUCGCUUGAAGUUCCUUCAUUGGGAUUUGAGUAAACACUCUAGAAACAAAGCGGCAUGUGUGCUGGCAUAUUUAGUCAAAGUAGCAGCUAACGCGUUGGACUUAACUGGCUUCUUCUAUUGUGAAUUACCUCCAGUAUCAAGCCAACUCCCCUGCAGUAGUGAUUGCAAUGAUGAUUGCCCCGAUGAAGACCUUUUCCUUAUGAAUGAAGAUGGGCAUGAUAUGAAUGCUGAAGAUGGAAUUGGCUCUGAUGUGAAUGAUUGUCAUGUUGUAAAGUCGCCCUUGUUUCAGAAAGGGGUAUUAAGAACAAAUUGCAUAGAUUGUUUGGACCGGACAAAUGUUGCCCAAUACGUGUAUGGGCUUGUUGCUCUUGGUCAUCAGUUGCAUGCAUUAGGGUAUAUCAAUAGUCCUAGUAUUGGUUUAGACUCCUCUUUGGCAGAUGAUUUAAUGAAGAUUUAUGAAGCUAUGGGCGACACUCUUGCUCUACAGUAUGGUGGAUCUGCAGCACACAAUAAGAUCUUCUCGGAGAGAAGAGGUCAGUGGAAAGCAGCAACACAGUCCCAAGAGUUUUUGAGAACUCUUCAGCGUUUUUACAGUAAUGCGUACAUGGAUGCUGAGAAACAAGACGCCAUAAAUGUGUUCUUAGGUCAUUUUCAGCCACAGCAGGGUAAACCGGCUCUUUGGGAGCUUGAUUCUGAUCAACAUUACAGUAUUGGAAAGCGUGGCUCUGAAUUUGCAGCAGAAAAUGCUAGGUCAAUGAUCAAAAGAUCGUUUUCUGAUGGGAACAUUCUCUGUGACAACUCAGCCAAUGUUGAGGAGAAAGUCCUUCAGAUGAAUAGUUCUCAAAGGCCAUUAGCUAUGGAGGUUCAAGACUGUGGCGUGUGUCUUUCAGAAUCGACUCCAGAAUUUUCAACUUGUGAAACUGCUAUAACUUAUUCCCGGUAUACUCCCUCGAUGUCACGUAAACAGCUGUUCCUUGAUGCGCAACAAGAGCAGGCUCUUGAAAACGAGAGUACAUACUUUGUUGACCGCAGAGAUCUAAUCAACUGUUCAAACUUUCUUGAUGUGGAUUGCCUAUCUUCAUCCGGGAACUCCUGUGAAGAGGAAACUUAUGAAAGAUCAUUGCUAAUUGCUUCCCCAAACGUUGGAAUGUCUUCGGGUGAAAUUAAAAUGGAAUCAACCCCAUGCCAUCAAUCUGGAUCAAGCUUGAAGGGAAAGGAACUGGUCAGCGGAAACCUCGAAUGUGGCUCUGCCAGCAGCUCAGUCGACCUCACCGGAUUCUCUGACAGUUUCGUGCAUUGGGUCAUCAACGGCAACGUGCUCUUUCCUUAAGACAUUCGUUCAUCCCCAAAAACAGGCAGUAACAUUGGCGCCAUAAUUUGACUUGAUGAAUCCAUCCAAAGGAUGUGAAUAGAGAAAUAAAUGGUGGAAAAAAACUUAGCAAUAAAAAUGGAUGGAGAAAUUUUGGUACAGAGAUAUAUUCUGAAAAUUGUACAUUUGCAACCAACUAAUUUUACUGGUGUAGUAAAUUAUUCAUUUCUUGAGGAGAAAGUACAGAUAGUUUGAACACUACAAUCCUUUUUUCUUUUCUCUCUUUUUUUAGCCUUGGAUUUGUAAAUAGUAAGUUUACUUUUCAUCUGUCGUUGGGAAUUCUGUAUUUUAUCUUCUGUGUACAUACGUUGUUAUCAAUUUAUUUCAUCAUUGUAUGCA